GCCCGCCGCAGAACCACGGUAUGCGGUCGCACUGUUAUCGUGGGCGUGUCUACUACAACAGCGGCCGUGGAAACCUGCAUAUUUUAUUUAUUUUCUCGUCGUCAUAAACUACUCGGCAAGUAAUAAUAUUAUUAUUGUAUUGUACAUAAAAACACUAUCGUGAUCCGACGAAGCGUUUUGUUUGCCGUUUCCAAUUUCCCAUAGAAGAAAGAAGAACGUUCUGCGAAGCGGUGCGGAAGGACGUCGGCCACGUCUCUUUUUCUCUCUCCGAAAAACCCAACGAAUCGCGUGGACGUGCCGGCCAGUGUCGCGGCUCCGGCGCACCGUCUGCCAAUCAGUACACAGUGUUUUGGUGUUGUGGUCGGUAUUAUCGUGUUGAUCGUAGUUUAAUAUACGAGGCAUAGAACAAAGAUUGAAUACAAGACUUAUAGGCUGUGUACAACAGUGUACUUCGUUUUCGUGUUCAUCCGACGGUCGCCGAACAGUGUAUCAUGACUUAAUCAAGAUACACUUUAUUCAAUCAGAUAAAAAUAAGUAUCAAAAACCAGCAUGUCCCAGAGAUCGUGAAUAAAAUAUAGAGUAUUCCUAUAAACCCUUUAAAAUGUAUGGAAUGACAUCGGCAAUAAGUGAUGCUCUUCCGACAGACAUUGAUAUACAGUUAACAAAAUCAUUAGAUGAUGCUCUUUCAAGAGAAAAAGUUAUUACUACCGAUGAAGAUUUAUCUCAAAGGCUUGAAGUAUUAUCAAUGCUUAAUAAUUUGGCUAAAGAGUGGAUACGUGAAGUUAGUAUGGAAAGAAAUUUACCCGAAAUAACUGCUGAAAAUGUUGGAGGAUUAGUAUGCACAUUUGGAUCCUAUCGUCUUGGCGUUUAUCAUAAAGGUGCUGAUAUUGAUGCCAUUGUCAUUGUCCCAAGGCAUAUAACCAGAACUGAUUACUUUGCAACAUUUUAUAAUAAGUUAAAAGAAAAUCCUAGUAUAAACAAUGUUCGAGCUGUUGAAGAAGCUUUUGUUCCUGUAAUCAAAAUGAUAAUACAAGGCAUUGAAAUUGAUAUGUUGUUUGCGCGUCUUGCUUUAAAAGAAGUACACGAAGAUACUGAUUUGCAACAGGAUGAUCUGCUGAGGAAUUUGAAUCCAAAAUGUGUGCGAAGUUUAAAUGGAUGUCGUGUUACAGAUUCUAUUUUACGAUUAGUUCCAAAUCGAGAAUCGUUCAAGAAAACAUUAAUUGCAAUAAAAUUGUGGGCUAAACGUCAUAGAGUUUACUCAAAUGCUUUAGGAUACCUUGGAGGGGUUUCUUGGGCAAUGUUAGUAGCAAGAGUAUGUCAGUUAUAUCCAAAUGCAGCACCAGCAACUUUGAUACACAAGUUUUUUUUAAUAUUUUCUAAGUGGCAAUGGCCUCAGCCUGUCUUAUUAAAACCAUCAUAUUUUAUGGAUCUCGGAUAUCCAGUUUGGGACCCAAGAGUAAAUAUGGCGGAUCGUAAUCAUGUUAUGCCUAUUAUAACUCCAGUUUAUCCUCAACAAAAUUCAACUUUUAAUGUUUCUCAUUCCACACUAGCCAUAAUACAAGAUGAAUUUAAAACAAGUCUAGACAUUAUGGGAGAAAUUUUAACUGGAGAAUCUAGUUGGUCAAAAAUUUUUCAACCAUCUAAAUUUUUCACAAAAUACAGAUAUUUUUUGGCAAUAACUGUGUUUGCAAACUGUGAUGAAGAAUUACUUGAAUGGAGGGGGUUAGUUGAAUCAAGACUUCGUUUUUUGCCCACAUCUUUAGAAGAAAUUGAAUGUGUCCAAAGAUCUCAUUUAAAUCCUGACCAGUUUGUACUACCUUAUGAUAAAUCACAAGGAAGGCCAUCAUCAGUUUGGUUUGUUGGUCUAGAAAUAUCUAAGUCUAACGGGACAGUGGUUAAUUUGGAUUUUAGUACUCAUAUCCGUGAUUUCUGUCUAUUGGUGAAAAGUAGAGCUCAUACUAUUUUCAAAGCUGGAAUGGAUAUACAAGUUAAUCAUUUAAAAAGAAAAGACUUGAGAGAUUAUGUACCUGAUGAGUUAAAAAAAGAAAAAGCUAUUCCAAAUACUGUUGGUAGUAAAAUUAUUGCACGAUUAUCGACCGAGGGUAGACAUUCUGUGUCAGAAUUAGUGGAAGAAUCACAAAAGAGUCCUACAUCUAGAAAACGUGGCAUUGAAGAUGAAACUGAUGAUAAUAUCAUAAAAAAAAACCUAUUGUCGAAUGAUGACAUUUUUGUCUUGGGAUCUGUAGAAUCUCAUAGAAGUCCAUCAUCUGAAAAUAAAUCGAAUAACCUAGUUAAUACUCUUCUGUCAACCGCAAAAGAAAAUCAUUCUUUAUUAACUGAAAAUGAAACCAAAGAAAAUAUUAAUAUUGGAAAAGAAUCUCUAUUACUAACUGAUGCCAGACAUUCCACUAUCGAAUCGGGCGAUUCCUUGAAUAGUCCAGUAUCAAAUAAAUGUUGUGCUGAUGAUGAAAGUGAAGAAAGUGAUCAGAAAAAAAUUAGGCUUCUUCAUCCAACUGUUGCCUAAUUACCCAUGUGUUCAUAUGAUAUAAAUCUUCAAAUAAAAAUAUAUACAUAUAUAUAAAUAAAUAUAUUAAAUAUACAUACAAAAAAAAUUUUAAAAAAAAAACAAAAAAAAUUAUAAAUAAAAAAAAACAAAAAAUGAACAAAAUGCCAGUCAUAUAAAAUUCAUUUUUUUUUUGUAAAAUAGUAAAUUAUUUUAUGUUCUGUUAUAUUGUAAUGUCUUGCAAUACAACAACAGACUUAGAUUCAUAUUUAAACAGCAUCAUGGGUAUGUUUUGGUGUGGAUUUAACGGGUUCAACCAAUUGAACAUUGAA